CUAACUAACAUUGUUGAAAUGUUGAUUUGUUGUGUUCCUGGCGUUCCUGGAAAUGUUACCUAGAUCGUUCGCUUUUGUGAUUUCGUGCCUAUUUUUACCACUUACUUCUAAUUAUAAUGCAGUUAUACCUAAAUCUUUGUCAUAUCCUGUUCUAAUCGUGAUCUAGUAGCCGCUAAACUUAUCUGUCGAUACAGAACCUGGUUCAAUCUUCCGAAUCCAUUGGUGUAAAUCGUACCACGUGUUUCUGCAUUGUUUUGCAUUCUGGUGCGAUGAUUUCGCCGUCUCCCUGGCUUGUGCGAGAACAGAAAUACUUUUUUGUGUCACUGAAAGGGGUGCCUGAACUGGCGACGUGCUUCUUUCGCUCUCGAUCAACCAGAGAGGUCACCGCAUGCAUGGGCUGAAUAGUAAGUUUUGAAGCGGCUGUGCGCAGCAAUCAACGCCAUGCGAACUCUUCACCAUUUUUGCAAAACGUUUUCCAACCUAGCACAAUCUUGCCAUUUGACUCGACACAUGUCUACAAUUUAUGCGUUAUCAUCAGGACGAGGAAAAUGUGGUGUGGCGGUCAUCAGAGUGUCAGGCCCAAAGUCUGCAGAGGUCUUUAGCAGAAUGACGAACUUGAAAGGACCACCUCCACCGCGACAAGCUCUGCUCCUGUCAAUCCUGGAUCCCGAGACUCGAACAAAGUUGGAUAAGGGAUUAUUACUCUGGUUUCCUGCCCCCUCCAGUUUUACAGGAGAGCACUGUUGCGAACUUCAAGUGCAUGGUGGGCUUGCAGUUAUUUCGUCGGUCUUGACCUCUCUUGGUAAACUGGAUGAUUUUCAGCCUGCAAGCCCAGGUGAGUUCACAAGGCGAGCAUUCUAUGCAAAUAAGUUGGACCUUACCGAAGUCGAAGGCUUAGCUGACCUAAUAGAGGCAGAAACUGAAUUUCAAAGGCAACAGGCUUUAUACCAAAUGGAAGGCAAUUUAAAACAGCUGUAUUCCUGUUGGCGUGACACUUUGGCAAGGUGUUUGGCAUUUGUCGAAGCAUACAUCGAUUUCAGUGAAGAUGACAAUAUUGAAGAUAAUAUUCUUCAAAAAGUGGAUGCUGAUUUGAAAGAAGUGUCAGCUAAGAUUCAACUGCAUUUACUUGAUGGUAGGAAAGGAGAAAGACUUCGCUCCGGAGUCAUGACUAUAAUCCUUGGUGCUCCAAAUGUCGGAAAGAGCAGUCUAUUGAAUGCAUUGUGCGAAAGACCUGCUGCCAUCGUAACAGAAGUGCCUGGAACGACGCGAGAUGUGAUCGAGGCAACUCUAAAUAUCAAUGGAUAUCCAGUGUUACUUGCAGAUACAGCCGGAAUUAGGAGAAAUACGGUGGAUAUUGUUGAAAAGGAAGGAAUCAGUCGGACUUAUUCCUCUGCAGAAAAAUCAGAUUUUAUUUUGUUUUUGAUAGAUGCACGUCACUUCUUUGAUUCAGCAAAAAGUAUAAAUAAUAAUAUCAGUGACUCAGAACUAUCAAAAUUAUUCCAAAAAUUUUUCCGAAGUCAUGUAUCUAGUUUACAAUUGGAUAGUUUUUUCUCCAAUAGCAAAUUGGGCUGUGAUGGACAAGACAGGCAACUUAAGCAACUGAACUCUACUGAAAUGCAGCUCGACACUGAAUCACUUGGAACCAAAUACAAUCAUAAUUCUUCAGCAGAUCACACCAAAAACUAUCUAGUCAUAUUGAAUAAGCUGGACUUGUUGGAUCCAAAAGAAAAACUGUUUUGCCAUAGGUUAUCAAGAAUUGAUAAGAAUAUUGUUCCUGUCUCAUGCAAAACGGAAGAAAAUCUACCUCAUCUUUUAUCUUUGAUGACAGAACACUUGUCUGAUUUAUGUGGGAAUCCAUCCCAAGAAAGUCCAGUGCUGAGUCAAGUUCGACAUCGUUACCAUAUCAAUGAGUGUCACCUCGCCCUACAAAUGUUUUUUUCCAAUAACACUGAUGAAACAAUAGUUAUUGGUGCAGAGUAUCUACGAGAAGCAAUCAGAAGUAUAGGACGAAUCACUGGUCACGUCUCAUCUGAAGAAUUGUUGGAUAUCAUUUUCAAACAGUUUUGUAUUGGCAAGUGAAUUUAUAGACUUCAUAAGCAUCUAUACAUAUUCUGGUAAGGAUUAUCUCUCAAGUCAAAAACCAUUCCUGCCUUAAUCCAUGGUAUUUCUGUGAAGGUAAAAACGCAUGGUCUCCUGUAUCCUCUCGUCAAGAGAAAAUGGUAACUUUGUUUCCGCAAAGAGAUUUAUUACUUUCAUGUAAUACUUGCGCACUAAAGAGAAUUGUCUCCCCUGCAAACUUACAAAUUUCAAAAAGGCCUGUUUGGUUUGGACCAAAACUGUUUUCCAGGACAUUUUUGAAGUAAUGUCUUUUUAGAGUUUUAUCAAGUCAAGUCAGACCCUUAGAAGCUAAAAGUUGAAACUGACUUUAUGCUUUCCUCAAUUUUCAAGACUUCAGUAUUUCGUCGUAAAUCAGAACAUGAUGUUUCUUCAUCCUUUCUCAUUCUAAAAUUGUUAUUUUGGAUACCUGAUGUGAAUUAAUUUUUAGGAUAUUUUUCAUCAAAAGAACCAGACCUAAAAAUUCCUUUGAAAAAAUCAAGAAAGAAAGGAAAACCCCCCUCAGAGGGAAAAACAGGGUGAUAUAGACUGAAAAAAAUUGCUCAAAAUAGACUUAUAAACGGCAAGACCAGUUCAGUUUUAUACAAGCAGACUCCUUUCACUGUUGAAUUAGUUAGAGAAAACCUAGACAGCCAAAUGAUGUAGAGCUGAGAUAAUUAUGUCAACUCUAGUUAAUUUUGUAGCCUCUUUUUAGGAAGUUCACUUGACUAUGAAUGAUGAUCGGCACCAGCGAAAAAGCUUAGCUUCAUCAGAGGAGCAUUAACUUUUAUUUUGAAUGACCAAGGCUUUCGCUCUUGAAAGCAAAGAUUAGAAAGAAAAAAUUAAAACGGCAUUUUUUUUUUAAUUGCUCCUGAAAUAUUGCAAGUGAGACUAGUCAAUUUGUUGUUCUCUUAACAAACGUAUUUCAUUUUCACCAAUAAUCAACUUUGCAUAUUUCUUAACGGGAAGUCCAACGCAGAAGCAGUAUGCCAUCCCAAGUGGAUUGACUUUUGCAUUCUCAGGCAUUGAAGACUUAUGCUGAUAUCCAUCCAAAAUUUCAUGAGCUUUCACGAUUUUUUCGGUGCAAUAAUACCCUCCAGUUGAGCCUAGAAGUUAAACAUCAAAUAUAUUGAUUAAACACUCUUCUUAACACAAAUUUGAAACCCCAAUAUUCUCCUUAAGUUUCUAAUGAUAAAUGAAGGAUAAACAUAACAUCUACAUCCAAAGAGGUAAAUAGCAAGUAAGAGGUGCAAGAAUCCAUGGUUUAUGGAGUGAUAAUUACAGGAAAAAGAUUUCAGGGAAUCCUCGCGAAUAAUUUUUUCUGUAGACUCUAUAAGGUUUCUCCAUCUUCAACAUCAUCACAUGAGCCCGCUUCUCAAGGGGUGAAAAUGCUUGAACUGAGAACUAAAGGAUUUAAUAAAAAAAAAAACUUCCUCUUACCACCGACCAACAUCUAGUUUAAUAGGGACAGUAUAAACCAACAUUAACCAGAUUUAUAGACAUUAUGUAAUUCUAACCAAUUGGUCAGAACCACUCUUUGUUUUUGAUUCGUUUUCUGAAAGCACCGAGUGAUUUAAGCUUCUAGGAGUUUCUUCGGAUUUUUUAAACCCUAAAUGGUGAAGAAACCCCAUUUUGAAAAUGGCAAAAAUGGAACCAGUUUGAAAAGAUAUUUUUGACAGGCUCUGAUGACGUAAUCUGAUUAGGGAAACAGCGUUUGCUGAUUGGCUGAACUCAGUUUCAGGCUUGGCCUUGCUACGUCAAAUCACAUGAAGCACACCACAUAAGUACAUAAAAUACACUGUAAACCAGUUUCACAUGUUCCAGUUUUUGUAAAGAAACUGAUUGAAACACGAAAUCUAUCUGGAUAUUCCUCAUCUCGAUAAAAAUGCUGAUGCAUCACAUCAUCGUCCAAGUUGUUAACUUUUUUCUAUCUGCUGUUUUAGGAUUACAUGUAAAGAGGUAUGCUUAAUUUUGGAUCUACUGUUGCAGCCAUAAUAAUUGGUUGUACAGCUUUUUUUUCUAAGUAUUAUACAUUAUAACAAUGUAAUACGAUGGAAAAAAAUAAAUUAAAAACUAUGUACAGGUAUCACAUGAGAACAAUUGAUCUCAAAAAAUUUACUUUUCUUUACUCACUUGCAUGGUUUAAUAUAUGUAUAUGUGAUGAGUAUCAGGUUCUCAAGGAAGCAAUGGAAAAAGAACAACAGAAGUCGCAUAAGAGAGACACUUUUUAUUCAUCAAAAAAAACUUGGAAAAAAUAUCACACUACAUACAAAAAUCUAAAUGGACGAGCACCAUGCUAUAUCUGCCGGUCCCCGAAUGACCACUCCUUGUUGACUUCUCCAGUCAGCUAAGCAUCGCGCCAUGUUGUCACAUCGCCCAUCAUAACAUAUGACAUUCUUCUUCUUUUAAAUUUUUGCCUCUUUAAUAGUUCAUCUGAUCUUUUUCCUUGCCUGUUGGCUCAGCGCUUAAAAACAGUUCGAGAGGCACUGAAUGUGGUAGCUGCCUCAUAAGUAUAGUAUUAAAAAAUUAUGUUACAUGUUAAACGAGAAGGGCGCUUAAAAGCAGCCGGCAUGUUUGAGAGGCGCUGAAUAUGGUAGCUGCCUCAUACUUAAAGUAAUAAAUUAUUAUGUAUAAUAAAUAGAAAAGGUGUACUUAGAAAGUUGAGGAUGUCUCGUAACGCUUUCUUUUGCGCUGUACGUACGUGCUCUCACAGGAACACCUUUGUCCGUUUUCCUUAGGGUUUAAGGUUUCAAAGUAAGGGGAGAUGAGAGACUGUUAAAUGGGUUGAUCAUUUUCAACAGCACUUGAAAUUGCACGGUUUUUUUUUACGUUCUUUUUUCUUUCUUUCUUUCUUUGCCUCUUAGGUUAUUCAUGUGAUCUUUUUCCUUGUUAUAGCCUGUAGGCUCAUAGGAAUAGCUUUGUCCAUUGCUAGCCAUACUAACGAAAGAUAUAUUUUUGCUGACCGCUUUUUCUUGUUUAAAUCUGCCAGCCUACGUUGUUUGAAAAACUCUGCAAUCUCGCAACUGGAAUAAUUUGCUAUGUGGUUUUGACCACAAUUGACACAUUUUGGACUACCUAUUUUUUUUCAGAGCAGAGAAACUUAAGUGAGGUCUACUACAUUUCACAUA